UGGCUCUGGGGCGGUCGCAUUCCCGCGCCUUACUAGGACAACCGCCCAGCGGCGACCUCGGGCGGCAGGCGGGACGAGGCCGGCAGCGAGCCGUCCCGGGAUCCCCGGCCUGUCCCUUUAACCCCGCCGCCGGGCGGGAGCACGUGAGCGGAGCUUCGGGUGGCACCCGGGCGCCGCCGCCGCCGAGGCAGUUGUAUUUCGAACGCUGCCUCUGGCCCGCGGCCAGGCGCCUUGGCUCGGCGGUCCGCCUGGCCUCCCUCCUCCUCAUACUUUUCCUCCUGCGCAGCCCCCUCCCAUUUAUCCGCCCACGAUUAGAGCCGCUGGACGUCCGGUGUUGAUGGUGGCAGCGGCGGCAGCCUGAGCAGCAGCAGCCCUCGCAGCGCGCCAGCUCCUCGCCCACCCUGCCUCAUCCUCCAGCCCUACCGCCCGAUCUCCCGAAAGGUGCCCGGCACAUUCGGGGCGGCGGCGGCGAAGCGGCGGCGGCGGCAGCGGUAGCGGCGGCGGCGGCGGCGGGAGGCAGGAUGAGCGCACGCGGUGAAGGCGCCGGGCAGCCGUCCACUUCAGCCCAGGGACAACCUGCCGCCCCGGCGCCUCAGAAGAGAGGACGCGGCCGACCCAGGAAGCAGCAGCAAGAGCCAACCGGUGAGCCCUCUCCUAAGAGACCCAGGGGAAGACCCAAAGGCAGCAAAAACAAGAGUCCCUCCAAAGCAGCUCAAAAGAAAGCAGAAGGCACUGGAGAAAAACGGCCAAGAGGCAGACCUAGAAAAUGGGGAUACAAAUGAAGAAAUGAGAAACUUGAAGAUAAACGAGAGGCAGAGUUUCCUGACAGCAUGAUGUACUGACGUCGGGUACGUCUUCUGAUGUAGGCGCAUGGAAUGCCAUUAUUAAAUCUGCCAGGUCUCCAUUUAGUUCCAUCCAUUUCUAAUGUGCCUGUUAGGCUAUUGCCUCCCUGGGAGCAUAACAAUUAAACAACUAUUGAGUUAAGUAAAUAGAAAAACCUA